CUCUCAAACUACAUGUUCGUCUUAGUUCAAAGUACACAAGUCAGAGUUUCUACAAUAACCCAUUGGCCAUUGGUUUUCUUCUUCAUCUCUCUCUCUCUCUCUCUCUCUCUCUCUCUCUCUCUCUCUCUCUAAAAGCCAUGAAAGGGCACAGAGGACAAGCCACUUCAUCAUCAUCAUGUUGUAAUAUCCAUGCAAAGGAGAUUGAGGUUGGAGUGUGUCCUUUCUGUCUGAACGAGAGGCUUCUGCUAUUGUUGGCUUCGCAGCAACAGAGGGAACGUUCUCCUCCUCCGUCUUCUCCAGAAUCUCCCACCAUUAAUGGUAACCAGAAUCUUCAAGAAUCUAAUUCCUUCAAGAAGAAGAAACACAAAAGAUUCUUCUCCUUCGCUUCUUCCUUCCUCGGAUUCUUCGAAUCACAACACCACAAUUCUCACCUCCACAAUAUCCACGGCUCCGUCAUCAGUCCACAGGAUUCAUUUAUUUCCAUAAAAUUCGAAGACAAUGGAGCAACUUCAUGGGACAAAGGGAAAGUUCCGACAAUCUCUCUUAAGCAUUGCAAGGGUUCCUCGCGGGAUCACAAUAACGACACGAAGGAGACGAAGAAGGAGAUGAUGAUUCAGCACCCCAAUAAGUCACGGGCCUCGCUUAGGUGGCGCAAGCGGAUUGGCCAGCUCCUCCACAUCAUCAGAAUCAGGGGGCCCUCGGGCUGCCACGUGUCAUCUAGGGUUGAAGGCGUCGACGCGAGUUCAAGGUGGAUAAGGCCCUCGACCAAGAUGACAACCCUAAAUUAAAGAUCGAUACUUACAACUCAGUCUUGUAUAAAAAAAAAUACUUUCCGUUAUCAUAUCUUCGUUUUUGUUUCACCAUGAAAUUAAAUAUAUAUUUUACUAUGA